AUGGUGUUCAGCUCUGCCUAUAGGCGAGCUUACAAAGAGCCUUCAUGGGACGAUUACAGUAAGAAAGAAUUUAUUAGUAAGCUUCAGUAUCGAUCAGAUCGUAGAUCGGUGGAGCAUCGGCAUCAACCCUGGAGCUGGGAGAGUGAUAGCGAAGACGAAGAUAUUGAAGAAAUUCCAGCAGACGAUGGAAGUUACGACGGAGGACGUCGCGGUCGCGAAAAGCCUCCCCGUCAUGAGAGAAUAAUCGACCGUCAGGAACCAAAACAAGAUUGGAAAGAGGAACGCAAGGACAUUAAAAAGCAUGAUAAUGCCGCUGAUAAGGCUUUAGUAGUUCCUGAGAGGCUAAGAUACGAAGAAGACGAAGAGGAAAAACCAAAACAUUCACAAGUCACCACAGACGCGUGGAGACCAAAGGAACGUGAUCGCAGAAAGAAAGAUGCUCGUAAACAACCUAGGAAACACCGUUCGCGGUCGACUUCGCCCGAAAAAAAUCGCCACUCCAAAAAGGAAAAGAACAGAGCUCCUUUCCUACCGUAUGGAAUGGCUAACGAAGGACCUGUGGAUAUGUGGAAAACGCACAACGUAUUGGCUUCACAGCGAGAAGUAAGCUAAAUAACAUAAACAGAGCAGAUAAAAUUAAAUUAAUUAUUUAAAUGUUUUUCUUUUUUAUAACAUUUAAUCUUCACGGCAAUUUGACUGGUACUUAGGAGCUGAAAUUGACUGAUGCAUUAGGGUGAAAUUCUGACAAGUGCCAUGGCCUAAUGAGACAGCAACACAGGACAGCAUAAAUGGCGGCAAAUGACACAAAGAUAGGUUUGAACUGUGACAGUGACAGAGAAAAGUGCAAAUACAAUAAUAAAAUGCUGACAGUGAUGUGACUUCCUCCUCAAUACGUGAAACGGCAGGAUUUGAAGUUCAGACUAGGGACAUACGUAACUCCCCUAGGAGAGGGCCUCUCCAAUGUCUCUUGGGUGCUACAAUCAUCCCAAGAGACAUUGAAGACGACAUUUCUGCACAAUUUGGGGUGUAAAAUAAUUUCGCCUCAAGCUCCCCUUCCCCGGUUGAGGACCAAGUACCUUUUCUUCUUACCCCUGAAGAUAAAAUUGCAUUCACCCCUGAAGACUUCCAUAAAACAUUGGUUUACCCCUGGAGAAUAUGGGUUCUACCCCUGAAAAAUUUCAUGAAAAUCAAAGAAUUCCAUGUAUAUUUUUUUUACUCUACCCCUAAAGAAAUCCUCAAUUUUGAUAACUUACCCUUAACCGGUGGUGGGGAGGGGGGUAAGGGUAUUAAAUACAGUAGCCCUUUGGUUGCUGACAGAAUUACACAGUGCUCGACUUUCAGAAAAAAAUCUUGGGGCCAGCCGGCCCCCAAGUUUUCGUUUUUGGUCGCCAGAACAAGUAUUCUAGUCGCCAAAAAUUAUAUUUAAGAAUUAAUGGAAUACAAUAAACUUAGCAUCUUUUACUUAGCCUUAACAGAAAAAGAAUGCUUUAGAAUUCCUUUUGAACUUUCUUUAUAUUGUAGAUUGAUCUAUAUGUUAUCCAUUCUAUGUGUUAGACUUACGAUAAAAGUAAAGGUGGGGAUACCAGAGAGCUUCAAAGUAGGAUGGUACCCCCACAAAAAAAACUGGGUCGAGUCACCUUAAGUUUAAAUUUAUUCUACUGCAAAUAAAAAUCGAGAAAAUGCCUUAAUUUUCUUUGUUUCCCUUUGUUUACAAAGUAAUUUUUCGCGGGAACACGCGGCCAUGACGACGGGACAUCUGAUUGACCAAUCAGAAUGUAGAGCCAGUCAUCCAGUGAGACGACUUCGCUGCUCCCGCGCUUUGGCGUUGUUGUCAAAAUGGUGUUCAGUUCUGCGUAUAGGCGAGCUUACAAAGAGCCUUCAUGGGACGAUCACAGUAAGAAAGAAUUUAUUAGUAAGCUUCAGUAUCGAUCAGAUCGUAGAUCGGUGGAGCAUCGGCAUCAACCCUGGAGCUGGGAGAGUGAUAGCGAAGACCAAGAUAUUGAAGAAAUUCCAGCAGACGAUGGAAGUUACGACGGAGGACUUCGCGGUCACGAAAAGCCUCCCCGUCAUGAGAGAAUAAUCGACCGUCAGGAACCAAAACAAGCUUGGGAAGAGGAUCGCAAGGACAUUAAAAAGCAUGAUAAUGCCGCUGAUAAGGCUUUAGUACUUCCUGAGAGACUAAGAUACGAAGAAGACGAAGAGGAAAAACCAAAACAUUCACAAGUCACUACAGACGCGUGGAGACCAAAGGAACGUGAUCGCAGAAAGAAAGAUGCUCGUAAACAACCUAGGAAACACCGUCCGCGGUCGACUUCGCCCGAAAAAAAUCGCCACUCCAAAAAGGAAAAGAACAGAGCUCCUUUCCUUCCGUAUGGAAUGGCUAACGAAGGACCUGUGGAUAUGUGGAAAACGCACAACGUAUUGGCUUCACAGCGAGAAGUAAGCUACAUAACAUAAACAGAGCAGAUAAAAUUAAAUUAAUUAUUUAAAUGUUUAUGUUUUUUGUAACAUUUAAUCUUCACGGCAAUUUGACUGGUACUUAGCAGCUGGAAUUGACUGAUGCAUUAGGGUGAAAUUCUGACAAGCGCCAUGGCCUUGAGACAGCAACACAGGACAGCAUAAAUGGCGGCAAAUGACACAAAGAUAGGUUUUAACUGUGACAGUGACAAUGUCAAUGUCUCCUUGGUGCUACAAUCAUCCCAAGAGACAUUGAAGACGACAUUUCUGCAAAAUUUUGGGGUGUAAAAUAAUUUCGCCUCAAGCUCCCCUUCCCUGGUUGAGGACCAAGUACCUUUUCUUCUUACCCCUGAAGAUAAAAUUGCAUUCACCCCUGAAGACUUCCAUAAAACAUUGGUUUACCCCUGGAGAAUAUGGGUUAAUUCUACCCUUGAAGAAUUUCAUGAAAAUGAAAGCUCCACCCCCAAAGAAUUCUUUAGAUAUAUUUUUUACUCUACCCCUAAAGAAAUCCUCAAUUUUUAUAACGUACCCUUAACCGGUGGUGGGGAGGGGGGUAAGGGUAUUAAAUGCAGUAGCCCAUUGGUUGCUGACAGAAUUACAUGUAAUGUGACAAGUGUGAUCACCCUUACCAAUUAUUGUACUGCAAAUGUUUCGUCUCUUUCAUAUUUGCCAAGAGUAAAAUUUUAGACAAUUCAGUCCCCCAUUCUCCUCUGUGAUUAUCAAACAUUGCCUUGAGUUCAAGAAGCUGCCAUCUUGGUUUCAUAGGUUAGCAAAAUCUUGGGUAAUAGCACUUUGCAAUCUCCCCACCUUUUGAUUAACAUGGCAGACUCUCCCACACAUGGGUUGAUCUUGACAUUUGCUGGGAAAAAGAGAAGACGUUUAAGCAGACUAGGAUUUUUACAUCUUUUAUUUACAACCUAUUUUGAUGAUAAUCUGUUUUACAGGUCUAUCCAGCUGCCCUUCGAGCUCAGAAAAGAAGACAAGAAGAAGUAAAAAGAAAGGUACAACUCCGACAGGAAGCAGUGAAAAGAAAAGAAAAGCCAGCACAUUUUGAUGCUGAUGUUGCAUUUCCUAAAACUUGGUGGAUGACUGAGUAUCAAAGAAACUUUUGUAAAGAAGAGGACAUCAAAAGACAUUUCCUGCGAUGA